AUGGCGCCCAGCCACCUCAUCAUCACCAUCUUCUCACUCCUCCUCCUCCUCAACACAAUUUCCGCCGAACCCCAAUACCACCACCAUCCCGCCGCCGCCGCCGCCACAACUCCCCCGCCGAAGAUACAAUCCGACGUCGUGGUGGAAGGAGUCGUCUACUGCCAGAGCUGCCACAACGCCGGCUCCUGGUCCCUGACCGGCGCCAGGCCGGUCCCGUCCGCCAGGGUCAGCGUCACGUGCGUGAACUCCCGCCGCCACGUGAGCUUCUACAGGACCUACCAGGCCGACGAGCACGGCUACUUCUACGCCCAGCUCGUUGGGCUCAAGCUCAGCCACGGGAUUCUGGACCACCCGCUCCAGGCCUGCAAAGUGAAGCUGGUCUCUUCACCGCUAGAGAGCUGCAACGUGCGGACCAAUCUGAACUACGGGAUCGACGGGGCCAGGCUGCGGUUCGAGAGCAAGGUGCUGAGGUCCGCGAGCUAUGAGGCUGUGGUCUACGCGGCUGGGCCCUUGGCUUUCCGGCCCAGCGAGUGCCCUGCCGAAGUUGAUGAAGAUGACGUCAAUCGUGGUUGA